AUGGGGUGGUCAUCUCUUCGCUUGCGCCGACGCGCUGGAUACUCAGAUGUUGAUGCUGGAAAGUCAUCAUCGGCGACGAGCAGCAAGCGCACUGUAUCAACACAUCGUUCUUCCCAUGACGAGCGUCAUGAGGAUGCUAUGUCGAGCGUUUCCAGUUCAAGCUCGAGCUCAGCGUGUUCGUCGGCAUCGUCAUCACCAGGGGAGGGUGUUGGCAAGCAUGCAAGCAAAGUGAAGCAAUCCCUGGCGCGCCUGGCUCCAUUUGCAUCACACACAACAACACAGAGAUUAACAUCUGGCCAUCGCCAGCGAUUCUACGGCACCUUCUAA